AUUCUCCAUUCUGAACCAAUCGUUGGAAGAUUCUCUUCUCCUCAUUCUCCGUACGACGCCGUUUGCACAAAUAACUCUAUACGACGUCGUUUCCAGUGCUAACUUGAAUUCAAAUUGCAACACCCGCGUUUCCCUGCAAAUUUCAGAUUCAGAAUCUUUCAUCAAUGAAGCUUCAUCUUCUUCCCACUGCAACCUCCAACUCAGAAUAUUAGCAUAAAUUUUCUUCCUUCCAAAAUUUCCCAAUUCCAAACCCUAAAUCUCCUCAAAUGUCUUCUCCGAUAACCUACCCUAUCGUCGUCGACGACAAGGACCUCGACGACGCUGCUCUAUGGGCAAUGAUCGAUUCCGCCUCAGCCUCACACUCCUCAUCAAAGUCCAAACCUCUCGCAAUCAAGUACCACAACCGCCAAUCACCUUCUCCAAUCUCGAAACCCUUGCCUCCGCCUCCACCGUCAAAGUUCUCGAGAACCUCGCGUGACACCAGCGACGGCGGAGAAGUUGUUCAAGAUCCCUGGCCUUACCGGCCUCCAAGGAAGGUCGCGAGGAUCUCCGGUUCAGAUUCCUGUGAAACCAGCCCCCUCGCUUUGGUCCGAACCGCACAGAGAUCGCCGUCGGCAAAUGUUUAUUCGUCACCGGAGAUCGGAAUGUUGAAUCCAGCUCAGGAGAUUAGCAGUUACACGGAGGUAUCGCCACGGUGCUUUGGGAUAAAAGAUGAAGAUAAGGAUAACGGAAUGAGGCAUAGCUUGUCUGGAAUGUUUCCUACGGUUUCGUUGUUUAAGGAGUAUCAGAAUGCAGCUAUGGCGAUUUUGGAGAAAACUGAUUUCACUUUGAUUUCAGGGAACCCUUUCAUUAAAAAGACAGGUUGGAGAAAGAUUUCUUGUUACUUCAAUAUCUCUUAUGAAAUUAGAGACAAGAAUAUUGAGUUUGACGGGGAUCGCAAUGUUCAGCGUGCCGAAUUUGUUGUUCGCGCAUACAUGCAGGGUGGCAGGUUCUCAGAUGGAUGGGGCUCUUGUGAUCGACGCGAAAAGAGAUUUCAGAAACCAAAUCAUGAUAUUCCAAGCACAGCAGAGACUAGAGCCAAAAAUAAAGCUUGUCAAGACUUACUAGGAAUCGGAGAAUACCGACCCGGUUCAACAAGUCAAUUUCGGUGAUCUUCUGAAUGACUUUUUGUGAUGAUUUAACAUGCCCUAAUAUUUGUUGAGGUAAAGUGAACUGAAAAUUAGUUGUACAAGAGUUGAAUGUAUUUUUAUUUUUAUGAAUGCAUGAUGAAUAGUUAUAGUCAAAACUAUUUCAUUUGUAAAUGACUCCUUCUGGAUUGAAUGAUGUGUUAAAUUCAAAGUUGUCAAGUGAAAUCCUCGUUGACAAUCUGUUUGUAUUCAUCCUAUAAAUUUUUCAUUAAAUA